UCUACGCACUCUCGCGCUGCCCGACGUAGAGUCGUUGCUGGUGGCUGACCCGUGCGUCGGUGAGGCUCUGAUCUCCCUCAAGCAGCUCCACGUUGUCAGGCUUUGUGGCGUACUCAUUCGGGCGCUGGACGUCGCCAACCAGAUGGUGAGCCGCCCUUCGGACGUGUCUCUGGACUUCGACAAGCGCAGGCGGUGGGGCAUCUUGCACAGCGUCAACGAGUAUAUCAUGCUGCUCAGCCACCUAGCCUUGUUCAGCAACGCGCAUGUGGUCGAGAUCUCCUCCCUCGACAUGCCCCCCCAUGGCAGGUGCAAGCAACCGUCAGACUUCGACUUCGGGCUCCCACAGCUCGGCCAGCACUCGACCGUGCGCGAAGUCCGGCUCAGGCGCAGCGGCCCCCUCCCGUUCUUCCACAUCUUCCCGAGCAUGGAGGUCCUGCGCAUGCACAGCAUGCACACGUCCUUCGAAAAAUUUGACUGGCGGCAGUGGGCGUGCACCGAGUCAGUCCCUCUGGUCGACGUCACGGCCGACAAUGACGACCAGCUUGUGUGCCUUGCGGGUAUGCGCGCCCCGACCGUCCGCCGGCUGCACCUCCACGCGGGGCCCUCACGCGGCCUCGGGGACGACUUUAACGCCGCUUGUUUACGCCCCAUUUGCUUCGUGUUCGCCAUCGAAUGGUGGGACGCCCCUUGGAACACGGACCUCCCCAUCUGGUCCGGUCCUCUUGAGGCUAUCGCAAGCCCGGCAUUCGGAGGGCGGCUGCGCUAUUUGGAGGUGACCGCCAAGUGUCACCCGCGAGAGGAAACACCUGACUUAGGGGUGGAUUUGCGCCUCCCCGCGCUCCGCGAAUCCACCCUUGUCUGCAUGCGCCUCAACGUCGAAGUCGGCACACUGUCCAGGGACGUGUCCGAGUUCGACGGUUUCCGAAUGACGCUCGCCAAGGCAGUCCCCUCGCUCCGCUACGUCUGCAUCUCAGUCGACCACAACCCGCAGACCAAUCCGUUCUGCGCACACUACACGGACGUUCAUGGCGAAUGCGCUUGGUGGCGCGUCCGUGGCCGAGCAGGCGUCGACUCGGAGCGCAUCUCGUGCGAGGCCGGCGAGCGCGUCGAGGAGUACCUGCAUUCGGCGGAGUUCGAGAGGACCAUGAGUCUGGAGGGGCUUAGGCUGGACGAUGGGUGAAGCUGGUCUUUCCUUUGUUGCGCAUACGUCGCGUGCUCCAGUUCUCGUCAUAGUCUUCCUCUGGAUACGAACUUGGCACCGCAACUCGUGUUGCGCUCCGGCAAGCGGCGAAAUCACCGUUCACUUUCAUCUACAGAAGUUCGUAGGACAGCUACGAAUGGGCGACGUUCGCUGUUCCCGCAUCAUUUCAAAGACGGCCGCUGGCAUCGCAGCGUCGGAGUCUGUCACGGACACUGCUGGGCGGUUGAUUGCCUCUGACUCUGGUCGCCAGGAAUGGCAAAUGGAAUGCCAGAUCGACCGAAAUGUGACGAGCAGGUUGAAAUUAGACCCUCACUAUGAAGCGGUGUCUUGAGCACCACG